AUGUCUGGACUCUAGAAGAUACUCUGAUUCAAGAGGAUGUAAAGAAAUUCUCUAAGUCAAUAGGAAAAAUAGAAGAAACCCAAAUGGGCAAUGAGUGCAUGGGAACUCACCUCAGUGGAACGGAGGGAAUGGCAAGCCAGCCCACUGAAGCCCACUGGCAACACAGGACAAGCCUGCAAAGCAGAGACAGCCCCUCCAGGAAGAGCAGCCAGGCCUUGGGAGGACAUGGCCUCAGGACCAGAUCCAGGGAGGACACAGUCACUAACCCCUGGCUCAUCUGGCAGGUGUGGGCAGCAGCCAGGCCCGUGGCUUCACCAGCUCCCCCUGAUCUCUGCCUUCAGCUGUCCUGUAACCUGGGUCGGGCACCUAUGCAGCUUUAUGGCAGGCAGAGAUGUACCACCCACAUCCCCUUUCCAGGUAGGGCUUGCUGUCCUGGUUGUAGCGAGUGUGGCAGCAGAUGGCCUCCAGCUAUCAGCAACUUCAGAGAGCUGCCUUGCCUGAGGUCCCAUCCCUUCUGGGGAAGCUCCCGUCUGCCAGACGGGCUACAAAAGCACAGUGGACACCAUGAUGGGCAAAUAUGGCUCAUGGGAGCACCACUGGUGGCUGAGGCACUGUUGGGCCACAUAGCAGUUGACUUUGCCCUCUCCACCUUCUUUUCACAAGAGUUGAUCCCAAUAAACAUCCAUCCUCUUCCAUCCCAAACUGUCUUGGCAUCUGCUUCUGGAGAGCCCAGCCUGGGGCAAGUUUCAUGGGAAAGGGCACGUCUCCUGCAAGUUACCUGUGACCAGGAAGAUGGAGGAGGGAGAUGUGUCCCCAUGGGUUCCAGUUUGUCCUUGCUCGUCCCCUUCACGCUCGCCUGUGCUUCCUGAAUGUAACCAAGAUACAGCAACUUCAGGCCCACCAUCAAACUUACCAGCUCAAGCACUACAGAGGGUAUAACUCCUUUAAUAAAUCCCUUGUUCCAG